GCGAAAUUAUAGGUUAUUUCAGCAGAAAAACUAAUAAACUUUCAAAAAAUACCUUCAAAUACUUAUAAAACAUGUCAAUGGAACAAAAUAUACGCACCUUCAAAGAUUUCCUCGAAUUUUACAAUCAAAUGUCACAGACUUGCUUCAGCCACUGUGUGAACACUUUCAAACGCUACGAAAUCGAACAGGAUGAAGUCGCUUGCGUGGAACGCUGUGCUACGAAACUGAUACGUUUCAAUAAUCGUUCCAUAGGUGUAUAUGCAGAGUUGCAACAGCAGUUGAUGGAAAAACGUAUGGCUGAAGCAGAAAAAGAAGCUCUGACUGCACAAGCCAAACUGGAUGCAGAAGCGACCAAAGUUGCAACAACUGAUGCAGUAGAACAACCCUCAACAACACCUGACACACAAACUGAACUUUUAAAAACCAAUUCAUAG